UGGCUGGUUUGCACAUUCUUAAACCCAUAUGGAUCCAAAUUGAUGAGUUCCUUUUAGAGCACUACAAAGCUUCUUCUCUGCACAAACUUUCUCAACAUCCGAAACCGACGGUCUACGGCUCCGAUGCUACCACAUGCGCUCCACCAAAUUCCACAGUGCAUAAGUUGAUGUCGAUUUGUUAAUUCGUUACGCACAAGAACACUGCAGAGCUAUUGCUUAGAACAGUGUUGUGUUCUGUAUGAACAUCCCAAUAAUGGAAGUAGAGGAUUGGGAAACUUCUUCAAGUGAAUUGAAUGACACUACUGCUAUUGGUGCAAUCAAAGAUGAAGAAUUGUACUGUACGCUUGAAUCUUUACCCAAAUUGCAAUUUAGGAGUGAUAUCUCAAAGGCUAGAUGGAAUGCUGAAAUGGGUAUGGCUGAAUUGGUGGAAAAGAAGGGCAAAUUGUGGACAAAUACAGGAAUUGCUCGCAGCGGCAAGACCUAUUGUUCAAUUGAGGAGACUCUGUUUUUGGCUGAAUUGGGGGCAUUGGUUCUCAUGGAUGAUGAAGGUACAUGUCUUUCUUUAAAAGAUCUGUAUGGAAAAAUGGGAUAUCAAAAGAGUGGGUGUUGCUCGGAGCUUUUUGAGGUUUAUAGACACCUCAAGUCUUUGGGUUAUAUUGUUGGGCGUCAUGGUGUUCCUUGGUCUAUGAAGGGUGUUAAGAGUACCUGUCAAUCUGAUUCUACCCACGAAAACAAUGGGGUGGUAAUAGACAAUGAGGUUAAAGAGACAGCUUCAAUUGUGCAAAGGCUGAGGAAUUUGCAGGUUGAUGAGUUGAGAUUGGAUUUUGAUGUUUAUCUUCCAAAUAGCAAAUUUAGGAAGUCCUCACCUGGUGAACCAGCUUUUUUCCUAUGCUUAAUCAGGGGCAGUCCACCAUCCACAUCAAAAAUUGAAGCUGUUGAGAGACAAUGCGGCGAGGUUCCUUUGAAGUUCUGUCAAGUAGAUAAUGGCCGAAUUAGCAUUUUUUCCUUCCAGAGGAUAGAGCUUCCUGUACUACCAUGACUUUUGAAGUGGAUGUAGAAAUAGAAGCUUAAGCUGUAAAGAAUAAGUGCCUUGCAUCAAUUCCAAGCAUAUCUAGUCUUAAUACCACCAUGGAUGCCUUCUUAGAUUCAGGGGUAUGUGGCGUCCCCCGGUCUGUGCCAAAGAUGCGAGACAAGCUGCAGAUCAUCUAGUAGCAUGUGAUACGUGUGUGCAGAUGGGGAUUAUGUCUCGUGUUUUUGUUGUCAUUUAAUGUCAUCAAUUCAAACAAGCACAAAGCUAAACUGGUUACCGGGGCAGAAGAGGUGGUUAGAUAAAGGUACAUGCCAAAAUUUAUCAGAGAACAAUUACAGUAGCAAGACAGAUGCAUUAUUAAGGCUUGAAGCCAAAAUUUUGUAUACGAACAUAAUCUAUUUAUACAGUAGACUGCAACUCUUUUCAGAUUCA